UCUGGUCCAGGCUCGGUCUGCGGGGCUGCUCCGGGUCCAUGGCCUGAUCUGUACCGGCGGCGGAUCGGCUGCAGUCGAAGCCUUCGAGAUGCUCCGAGCUCUCUGCAGCUGCACAAUAACACCGUCACCGAUACCGGCCCGGGGACACAGCUAUGCUUUUCAGACGGAGAGCCAGGAUGUUGCGGUGGCUGGUGUGUGGUCGGUUGGGUCCAGUGUGGAUGUGGAAAGCUCUGCUGCUCUUCGUGGCCAUUGCUUUUGCGGGUCAGCUGCUGGGGGUCAUCUUCAACAAGAGCAGUGUCCAGCCAGCUGCUCGCUCCAUCUUCUCGUCCCCUGAUGCUCAGGGGCCGUCUCUGGGCUCCUGUCAGCCCUACACCCACAUCAUGUUCCUCAAGACCCACAAGACGGCCAGCAGCACGGUGCUCAACAUGCUGUACCGCUUCGGAGAGGAGCGCGACCUCCGCUUUGCCUUGCCGCUGGGCUACCAGCUGGGCUACCCGCUGCCCUUCAACGCUCACAGGGUCAAAGGUUACCGAGGUCCUAGAGCCGUGGAGUUCCACAUCAUGGGCAACCACAUGAGAUUCAACAAGCCGGAGGUGGAGAAGGUGAUGCCGGCAGACACCUUCUACUUCUCUAUCAUCAGGGACCCGGUCUCUCUGGCUGAGUCCUCCUUUGCUUAUUACAAAGAAGUAGCGCCUGCCUUUCGGAAAGCCAAAGGUUUGGGUGACUUUGCCGAUGACCCGAAGAAAUACUAUGACCCUCGCCUCCGCAACAACCACUACGCCCGCAACCUGCUGUGGUUUGACUUCGGUAUGGACCACAAUGCUAAUUUCUCAGUGGCACUGGCUCAGCGCGGCGAGGCCAUGAUCCGCCGGGCCUUCAAGCUGAUUCUAGUGUCUGAGUACUUUGACCAGUCCAUGAUCCUGCUGAGACACGCCCUCUGCUGGCCGCUGGACGCCGUCGUCUCAUUCAGCCUCAAUGCUCGGCAGCAGAAGCCCAGCGGCAUCGGGGGGAUGAGCGGGAGCUGGGUGGGCAAAGCGGCGGCGGCGGCCGGCGUCGGCGUUAGAGGUGGACAUUCACAAGUCAAGACUCCGCCCAAUCUGUCACUAACGGAGGAACAGCGGGAGAAGCUGCGGCAGUGGAACGCCUUAGACUGGUACUUAUACAAAGCCUUCAACAAGACCUUCUGGGAGGAAAUCGAGAGGUUUGGUCUCGCUCAGAUGGAGCAGGAAGUAACACUCCUCAGGAUGCGGCGGGAAGACCUGGCCCGGGUUUGUCUCAGGGACGGCGGGAAACCUGUGGAGGCGCACCGGAUCCGAGACAAAAACAUCCGGCCGUUCCAGAGCGGACUAGUGAAGAUCCUGGGCUAUGAGCUCCAGCCGGGGCUGGACAACACCACCAGAACCGCCUGUCUGAGGAUGAUCAGGCCUGAGAUCCAGUACAAAGACGUGCUGGAUGCUAAACAGUUCCCACGGGCUCUGGCGGCCCCUGCCCAGCCAGGACAACAGAGCCAGGUGCGGAUGGUAAGACAGGACUCAUCCAGGACAGGAGAGAGGCUGGUGGGGGGAGAGGCUGGAGGGAGGACGGUGGAGGAGGGGGAGAGAGACUGGGACGGAAGCCGUUUAAUACGGAGCAACCAGACUUUGAUAAGACAAGAACCAGGACGGUUGAGAUAGUCUGAGGUGAGUCCUGAACCUUUGAGCCGAGCGGUUUACACAGAGGAAAGAAAAGAUUCUCCUUUGCACCUUAACUUUUGGUCGUUUGCUUGUUUUUCUGAAAAACUGUCUCUGCUCUUACUUAAUGUUAAUCCUUGUGGACUUGACCUUUGACCUCUGAGCGCCUGGAAUGCUUUCAUGUCCGCAGUAAUAAGCUGAAGGUUGCGUGUUCUGUCUCCUGCUGCUGUUGAUCUCUCAGUCGUUUGUGACAGAGACACAUGGAGUCGGUUUUAUUCCCCGCUCAUAUCAAUACUUUUAAACUGCAGCCUCGGUUUGUGCCUCUCAUGUGGAACCGUCACAUGAGUCACUGAGCUGUGAAAUACCUGGUGACCUUUGAAACACACAGGCAUCAAAAACAGUAGAUGAAGACAUGUUCCGUCUGCACAGUGAAAACUUGUUUAACGUGUUUCCAAGUCCAAACAAAGACAGUGUACAUAACACUUCAAAAUAUCUGUUGUCUAUAUCGGUGGUUCCCAAACUUUUCCAACCCAUGGCCAAACUUAAUCUCAAAAAUGUCAGUGGCCCACAUUUGACCCCGUAACAAAACAGAAGCCAAAUACUCUGACACGCCCUCAGAGCACUUUUGAUUUGAAUGAAUUCAGGAUUGGAGUGAAAGCAGGGGAAGCUCAGUUUUUCUUUCUUGUUUGACUUGUAGAUUCUCCUUCUGUCUCUUGACUUUUUUCCUCUCAAUCCUCCCUGCUGCUAACCAGCUAUUCAUUUUGAUACUGCAGUUUUUACCAUGGAUGUGAUCUUUCUUUUCUAGCGCGCAAACAGGUAUAUGAUGUGGUCCUGUGGUGACAACAUAAAAGUUCCUAUAAUUGGUUCAUCACAGUCAUAGGUCUUAAUACGAGAAGAAGAAAAAAAACAAAAAACAAUGUCUUCGUCUAUAUUGAUGUUCCUUUCAAUUAUUUUGUAUUUUCAUUCAUAAUAAUGCAUUUAUAUUGUAUAUAAUACAAUGUCUUAUUUGAAUUAGGAAACUCUGAUGUUUUCAAAGAUCGCUGGGUAUCUUUCAGGAAACCUCUGUAAUGUAAAGCAUGAGAGGACACACUGAGGUUAGAGUACGUACACAACACUAAGUGUCCAUUGUUCGUAAAGGCACUACAGGCUGGUCAAAAAGAAUGAAUGAAUUCUCUCUUAGAAACACUUCCUGUAGUUCAGCUUCAGACUGUGAACCUGAACUGCUUCUUAAAUAUCUCUUAAUAAAACAAGAGGGGGAAAACCUCUGAGGCCUGAAGUCUGCAGGAGGCUGCAGAACACUGUGGCUUAUCUGCUAAAGAGGAGGUGAUGUAUCCAUCGACUGACAUAUGCAGACUCAUUCUCACAGAGAUCCACGUCUUUUGAAAUUAAUUGUGUUAAUGAGUGAGGGCCAAAAUAAAAAUAAAAAGUAUCUUAAAGAUACACUCCCUGAUUUUCAUAAUGUCCUCAACUGAUCACACUGAGUCAGUAUUAUAACAAAAUCACUGUGUCUUUAAACUUGACCUGAUUUUAGAUGAAAUGAUGUUAUUGACAUUUGUG